AUGACUCUGGAAAGAUAUCUCGCUGUGGUGUACCCAUUUUUUCACGAGAAUUUUGUGACAAAAUCAAGACUGUUAGCCAUUUUUGUGCUAAUGCAAUUGCCAUUCGGAAUUCCCUAUUUUGCGUUUCUAAACCAAACCCUAGAAACUUACAUAGAAGCGUAUUUACUUGUCCUCAUCGGAGCGGUGUUCUCUGUAAUGUAUUUUCUGAACUAUAAAAUAUUUUCGACGGUGGAGACAUUGCGACAACGCGUGGCCAUAACUCUGGGAACUUAUGAUUGUGAAGAGGAGUAUGUUAACGUCAAGAAACAUAACUUUUCUCUUGGCAAGGUUUCCACAUGUUUGCUAGCAGUCGUCUGUUUGUCUGUUUGCUAUUUUCCAACUGUUGUUAUAUGUGUUUUAAAGCUGACGCGAGUGCUUGACCGCAAUGAUGAGGAUAACAACAGAACACUUAUUGUCAUACGCCUUUGGGAGGACACUUUCCUCACCAUGAAUUCAACUCUGAAUUACUUGAUAUUUUUUUACAAGAACAGUGCGUUACGCCGACGCGGAAUUGAGAUUAUGGGGAAGUGUUUAUGUGCGAGAUUUCGAUAUCAUAAAUAA